GGCGGAAAUAUCCGAGUAUAGCCGUCUCCUUGCGGACAGACAAGGAGAUUGAGCUUGAAAACAAGCUUCGAGUUUGGUCCUCAUUGAGGAACAAGAACAGCAAAUUAUUUACGUUGCAAUGAGUGGUCGUGGCAAACCGUCAAAUUCGCCACCGUUACAACCUCAAGGUCCUAGAUACCCUGGAAACGUGGUUUACUCGCUUGUAACUGGUGGAGGUGAAGAUUUUUCUCAGUACUCUCAGCAGCAGCAGUUGCCGACAUCCAACUAUGAUAUAACUAAGUACCCGGCAAGCACCUACAUGCAGACUGGACCACAAUCUACAUACCCAAACACGACAAUGUAUCAGCCCAGACAACCAAUGUCGCAGCCCAAUGCGCCAUUUUUCGCUGGAGCGAACAACACUAUGCCGACGGCUUUACGGCCUCGAUUCCAGACCCCUGGGAAUCAGAGCAUGUAUAUCCCUAAUCCUGGGAUGCUCAACUUUAACCAACAGGGCGGCAUACUUAUCAGCCAACCUAUGCAGGCCCAGAGAAUGCCGACCCCGCAGUUCCCUCCUAGCCAGAUGGGCCAACUCUACCCUACGCCCCCACAACAGACCAUGACUGCUCCCCCAUACCAUAACCAGUACAAUAACCCUCCCAUAUACUAUGCCCCUGCCCAACAACAGACUCCUCGACAGCCUACAGCGCAGUUACAGCCCACACCCCCUCCAGCAAAACAGAGAAAAGGUAUCCCAAUUAUUGACCCUAACACUGGUAACGACAUAACAGCAGAGAUAAAAUCAAAUCGUCCUGAGGCAGGCGCUUCCGACUCUAGCUCGCGAAGUACGCCCACAAGUACGGGCGAGGUGAGUGAGGCCCAGUUACCACAAGUGGCCUAUUCUAAUCAGCGUUCGACACUAAAAGUGUCUCGGGAUCCUGAGGGCACCCAAUUUCAAGGAGGGACACCAGAACCUCCAAGUCAGCCCCCGGCAGCCCAAUCACCACAGAGCCAGAAUGUGGCUGCUCAGUUUGCAGCGCUGGUGGCCGCCACUCUAGGCUCUGGACAGUCCAACAGUCAUCCGCCCUCUCAUCCCCCGCCCACCAUGCAAGGGCCGGGGGGUCCGCCCCAGCCACACCCCCACCCCACACAUGUACACACACCCCCGGAAGUGAAAACGCCGCCCACUGGUGCACAUACAGUCACAGUUACCCCAGUCCCUGAGACAGGGGUUGGGUCAGGAGCAGGAAGGAACGCUGAGUCUAGACCAUUUAUACCUAACGGAGAAACUCCGGUGGUUAUGAAGGCAGUUCCAGCUCAAGAAGAACCAACACAGACCGCAAGUGCACCCAUUGAGACAAAAACAGACUCUGUUGUAAAGACAGCAAAGAUAGAGAAGACCGAAACUCCAGCACUACAAUCAGAACCUGUAUCAGUCAGUGUGAAAGCUUUGGACACUAAUAAUAUCAGUGCAACAGACUCAAGUGCGGCAAGCACACGUGAAACAACUCCAGAGGUGCACAUAGUUCCUCCAACGCCGGUGGAGAAAACAACCCCGGAAAUACCAGAGCAGAAACCUACCUCAACCGAUGCACCAACUAAAGCGGCUGAUGCUGCCCCUGCUGUGAAAAAGGACCGCUUGAAGAAGAACAAAAAAGAUUUAAACAAGAAAGGGGAAAUGAUGCAGGGAUCUGAGUUUGACGCCUACAUUGACACUGCAGAAAAAACAGCUCAAGAACCAGUGGUAGAGGUGAAAUCUGAGGCUACGCCACCAGAAACCCCGCCAGAAGAAGUCAAACGGACACCGUCGCCCCCAGCUACUGAGGAACCUGAGCCGGUUGAAACCAAGGAAACCACGCCCGAAUUAACCAUUACUCCAGUAACAGAGGAUGUCACGCCCCAGGUGGAAAUCAAAAUUGAAGAUGUGGCUGUUGUCAACCAGGAGGAGGAGGAGUUAGAAGAAGGCGAAAUUGUGGACGAUGAAGAGGAAGAGGACUCAAUGGCACUAAGAUACAAGUACAGCGAAGACCAGUGGAGCCCGCUGAACCUGGAGGGUAAGAAGCAUUAUGACCGUGAGUUCCUACUACAGUUCCAGUUUGAAAGCCAGGCCACCACGAAACCAGCCGGACUCCCAGAUAUACCAGACAUUGUGCUGGACAAGCCAAUCGGAGCUGGCCGUCAGUUCAGCCGAGAGAUGCAAGGUGGCGGAGGGAAGUCAGACUUUGACUUUACGCCCAACUAUGUGUGGCAAGGCGGGCCAGGAGGUGGAGGUGGCGGUGUAGGUGGCGGAAGAGGGUCACGUGGCAUGCCACGCCAGCCUAGCACUCAGAAAAACAAAUCUGGACCAGGACCUCGCCAGAUCAAUUUGUCCAUUAGCAAGACAGAGGUUGAGCUCCACAAAGCAAAGGCGGCAUGGAAACCGGGUCGCCUCGAACCGGGCUCCAAGAAGGAAACCGAAGAGGAGAGUGACGCUGCCACAGAGGACCUAUACAAGAAGACCAGAAGUAUCCUGAACAAACUGACGCCCCAGAAGUUCCAGGUACUUGUGUCUCAGAUGCAGGCCCUCAAGAUCGACACCGAGGAUAAGCUGAAGGGGGUCAUCGAUCUCGUCUUUGAGAAGGCAAUCAGUGAACCCAACUUCAGUGUGGCCUACGCCAACAUGUGUAGAUGUCUUUCAAUGUUUAAAGUCCAGUCAGAAACCAAGCCAGGCGAGAUGGUGAACUUUCGAGCCGUGUUGUUGACGAGAUGUCAAAGAGAAUUUGAGAAAGACAAAUCUUCGGAGGCCAUCUUUGUCACCAGACGUGAGGAAAUCGCUAAAUGUGAAGAUGAAAGUAAAGCAGCGGAAUUAAAAAAAGAAUUAGAAUAUGAAGAAUCUAUGGCGAAACGGAGAUCUCUAGGAAAUAUUAGAUUCAUAGGAGAACUAUUCAAGUUAAAAAUGUUGACUGAAAAUAUUAUGCAUGAUUGUGUGUUCAAAUUACUACGGACUAAGGACCCUGAGAGUUUAGAGUGUUUGUGUAGAUUAUUAACCACUAUAGGAAAAGAACUGGAUACUGACAAGGCCAAGCCUCGUAUGGAUCAGUAUUUCCAACAGAUGACCAAAAUAGCCAAUGAUAAAAAGAACUCUUCAAGAGUUAGAUUUAUGCUUCAAGAUGUGAUGGACGUUAGAUUAAACAAGUGGAUACCACGACGUUCAGACAACAACCCCAAGACCAUUGACCAGAUCCACAAGGAAGUGGCCCAGGAGAAGCAGGAGAAGGCCCUUCAAUCUCAACAAUUACAGUUCCAACAGAAGUCACAACCCAGGGGAGGUCGUCGUGGGCCACCAAGUGGUCAGAUGGGAGGUGACCGAGGUGGACAGGGAAAUGAUGGUUGGAACACAGUGGGCAACCGAACACCGCUGAGAUCAGUGGACCGAUCUAUAGACCCAUCACGCAUGAAAAUUUCCAAGCAAAAUGUGGAUGAGUCGAUACAGUUAGGCCCAGGUGGUGGUGCAGGAAGGUUCGCUGGCUGGGGUCGAGGUUCAACAGGAGGCACCUCUGGAAGGGCCUCCAUGGAGAAGGAAAAACCCAGCACUCCAGCAAACAGGUUCUCAGCGCUUAGUAAGCCUGAGGAUGACUCGGGUCGGCGAAUGAUGGGCUCGAGCCCUUCACGGGGAGAAGGGCGUGGCAGGGGUGGGUUUGGGCGACCUCCGAACCUCAACGCCCGACUCUCACAGGAACAGGAGCGCGAGAAGGCUGUAGCUGCUGCCAAGGCCAUCGGAGCUGGUCAGCAGCCUGAAGAUGCAGUGCGGGAGUCCAGAGGCCGAGGAAGGGGAUCAGAGCCUCGGGUAUCUGCGGAAACUGCAGUUGCCCCAGCAUCCAGUACUGCGGCGGUGCUUUCAGACGAUGAGAUGGCGAAGAAAACCAAAGCAAUUCUCGAUGAGUACUUCCAGAUAUUAGACCGCAACGAGGCGACAUUAUGUGUAAAGGAGUUGUCGCCAGAAAACCAUCACCACUUUAUCUAUCACGCCAUAAACCAUGUACUUGAGCGGUCGUCCCAGGCACGGAACAAGACCGGACACUUGUUACACGAUCUCGUCAAUAAAAAUGUUAUAUCUGUGGAUAACUAUAUCAAAGGGUUAGUGGAGGUCCUUGAGUUCGCGGAGGACCUAGAAAUCGACAUUCCGAAGAUCUGGCAGUAUUAUGGUGAGCUGAUCAGCCCCAUGAUCCAGGACGGCAGCAUGUCGCUGUCCUUCCUGAAGAAUGCUGUCAAGCCCCUUAUUGCCAAUAACAAGGCUGGGGUAUUAUUGGCCGAGGUGCUACACGAUGCUAGUCAUAGAGAGGGACACAAGAAGAUUGCUGGUCUAUGGACAGCUUCUGGACUGACCUGGUCCGACUUUGUGCCCAGAAACCAGAUCGAACAGUUCCUUGCUGAUAAGGGUCUGGAGUACACCAAGGGUGGAGAUAGCGCCCCCACCACGCCCACAACUGGUCUUCCACUGACAGAAAUCGCAGAUCGACUCCACGAUCUUAUCAAUGCGCGACGGGAAGAUAACGAGACGGUGUUUGAUUGGAUUGAGUCAAACGUUGAUGAACCAACCACAAAAAAAUCCCAGUUUAUACGGGUGCUUAUGAGUGCAGUGUGUCAAAGCGCCAUUAAAGGUGAAAAGGGCAAGGAGAAGUUAGAACCGAAAGACAUCAGCAGUCGCAACGACCUGCUACAAAAGUACCUCGACCACAAGCCUGUGUUUGAACUACAGGCACUGUUUGCUUUGCAGGUGCUUGUUACCAGGCUGGAACACCCACAGGGUUUACUCCGGGGUUUCUUCGACAUUCUUUAUGACGAGGAUAUAAUCACAGAGGACGCGUUCAUUGAGUGGGAGAGAAGUGAGGAUGAGCCGGAGGGGAAGGGGACAGCCCUUAAACAAGUUGUACAGUUCUUCACAUGGUUGAAAGAAGCUGAGGAGGACAGCUGAGGAUUGCUCAAUGCUUAGGAUUAGGAUUAACAUUUAAGUUUAACACAUGUAUGCAUAUAAAUCUUGAGAUUGAGUUUAGGGUUUUUGUCAGACAUGAAUAAUAAUCUCAAGAUUAAACUUAAAGUUAGGUCAAGUUACGAUCUGUGAUUAUGUUCAAUUGAUUACACUUAAUGUAAGGACAUUUGUGAUGUGUGAUUACUCCUGGGGUUCAUCAUAAAGACAGGUUAUGAAUGUAUAAAUACCAGAUUGUUCAAACAAGAUUUUUAUACACCAUAGAUUUAUUAUUAUUAACUGUUUAUAGAUUUAUAUAUUUCUAGCUACACGUUAGGGUUGAUGGUGAUUUGCUGGUGUGGCAAAUCUUAUCAAACUGUAGUGAGAGUGGAGAGGAAUAAGGUAUUUUGUACCACAGUAGAAUGGAAACUUGUUAACCUGUAUUUAUGUAGUUUCUUCCAAUGAUGAAACUUCUGUUCAUUUGUUGUAAAAAGAAACUUGUUAUAGUUUAAUGGAAGUGAAAUUUACACUCCAGGAAAUUACAUUGCAAAAACAAAUAUGCCGAACGAAAAUGGCAUUGAUUGUGUUUUUGUAAGUUCUUGUGCAAAAUGCUCCUUUUGGCAGUAUGCCGUUAAAAUGUACAUAUUAUUUAUGUCAACCCAAUAUAAUUGUUCUAAUGUCAUAUUUGUUUAAUGGUUUUACAAGAAAGUUUAUCAAAUUCUCCUGUAUGCCUUUGCAAAAUCUUGAGAACCAUUCUUUGUUGUUAAAUAUUUUCUGUUGUUUCCUAAUCAAGAAGUCAAUUUAUUCAUCACAGGAUGCUGUUUUAUUGUUGUUGUUCAUCCUUUUGAUGAAAACUUCUAAAUUUAAAGGCUGAAUGCCAAAUCAGUCACUUGUAUUGAGCAAUCCUUUACUGUUCUCCUCCAAUGAAGGCCUGGGAAUAGACAAAGAGCCAGGAGCCAACUAGACAAACGGCUUAGCAUAUACCUGGUAGAAAAGCUAAGCGCCUGACUAGCAAAGGAGCUGAGGCAAAUACCUAGCGCAAGAGCUAGCCGCCCAACAGGUCGGGGCACAUCACUAGCGAGAACUGAGGCACGUAAUAAGCAAAUUGGGCUGAAUUCCCAGGAAAUGCAUCACCACAAGUCGUAAUUACUCGACUGUUUAACAUAAAGCUGCUUCUAAAUUAUUUGAGCCAUGAAGGCUGUAAACUAGAGCUACUAUGUUCUUGUGUUGUAAAUGUUGAAAUGACAAUUGUGAUAUUGGUGUAAAGAAUUGUUUUUUUUGUGCAUGUUUUAUAGACUGACAUAAAUUGAGAUAGAACUGAAUAUUUGCAAUGUUGUAUAAUGGGAAUAUUUGUGAAUUUACCGCAUAUUUUUGCCAUAAAGAAAAUUAAUAAAUAUAUUGAAGCAGGCCAUCUCAAUAGAUUGUGACUAUUUCAAGUACAUUUGUGAAUAAUAUAAGAGAAAAAAAAUCUGUUUCACCAUUGAAACUGCAAAAAUAUAGUGUAUAUCUCCAUAUUGCAAGAUAUGGAUCUCUGCCAAAUUUGUAAUAUAAUCAUUAUUUCAUCUUUAUUCUUAUGAAAUGUAAUAUAUGUUGUUUAUUUAUUUAUAAUUUUUGUUACAAGUGCUGACGCUUAUGCCAUUUACCUUUAAACCAUUUUUGUUUAUGUAUCUAUCACGUUCAAUACAAUGUGUGUAUAAGGGUACCAAUGCAAAGACAGAUUCUGUAAUAAUUCUAAAAUGUGAGGUCUUAAAAGGGUUACAUGUUGCUGUAUGUGUACCAGAUGAUAAAAUGGGUAGAAGCAAAACUGUAUCAGCUGAAAGUAAUGGUGUUUAGAGUUAAUACAACGUUUUUUCAGCCAAUUAAAAAUAUCAAUUAAUUAUCCUUAAAUUCGAGAUGGCAAUGACUGUGUGAAAUUUUGAAGUAUUUCAGGCAUUUGGAGAGUAUUAGGAAUAAAUGGUCACAUGUUUGGCUUGAAUGUAGUUACGUAGUGAAUGUAGUCGAUCUAACAUCAAAAAGAAGCAUCAAAUUAAUUAAUGUAUAUGUGAAUAUUAUUCAGAAAUCAACAUGUACAUUAAAUCUAAUUUAUUUGGUGCUAUUUCUUAUACUCAAUUUCAUUGUCUUUGAAUGCCUUAUUUUGCAAAUUUCUAUCUUAAAUAUGCACUUGAAUCAUCAUUCAUAGUUAAGUUGAGCAAGCCAUCUUGUUUAAGGCAAAAUCAAGAUUACCCCCAUCUUCAUGUAUAUAAACAGGCAUGACCCUUGUCUACAUGUAUAUAAACAUGUAUUCAUCAUCUGUUACGUGUAAUGAUCAUAAGUUACACGGCAUUUAUUGUUGUUUCAUUCUGCAAAAAUGCAUCUGGUGUUCUGUCUGAAUGCUUUCAUCUGUCAGAUUCAUAAUGCAUUGAAAUUGUUUUUUGGUUGUCUUUAAUCACAUGUUUACGAUCUUAAUGAAAGACAUUCACUACCAUUCAUUUCUCUACUUGAAAGGGACUCGUUUACAAUUUAUAGGGUCAGACAUCAGAAAAAUUAACUUGUGUAUAAAUAUUUUGUAAAAAUCAAAAAAUAUCACAAAAAUUAUAUAAGAGCUAUAGCAUUGACAGUUAUUAUAAAUUAUGACAGAAAAUGUGUUAUUCUGCCCCAAAAACAUGGCUAAUGUCAUUGAAAAUUUAAUGACUUCAGGCUUGGAUUUACAAAAUUAAGUUAAGAGAUUCUCUGGUGUGUUUUUUCAUAGAAGGAAAUAAAAUAAUUGGUUGAACAAAAAAUGUUACAAAUUUAAAAUCUGAAUGAGUUCCUUUAAUAUCAAUACUGCAUUUAAAGAACACCAUGUUUUUGUAAAUGAUCAUGUGAAAAUUGAUAAUUUCAUACUGGCAUGUGUAUUGCUUCCACAGAUGUGGAUUAUAGUCAAUUUUUGUUGGAAAUAAUAUCAUUGCAAACAAGCUUGCUCUAUCUCAAUUUUAUGUAUAUAAAUGAUUGUUUGAUUCUAAAAGGAAAGACACUAUGUUUAAUCAGAAAUGAAAAUCAAACAAAAUUGAUGAGAUCGCGAUAAAAUCAAGCUUAUCAGACAUUUUGUUAGGAAAAAUGUUUUUUAUUAAUUAAACGCAAUUAAAAAGA